CAAACGUAAAGGGAGGCAAGACAAUAAAAGGCCAUUGAAGGCUUAGUGCGCUUAUCAGGGGAGAUUAUUCUCAGUGACUACAGAUUCCAGAUACAUUCCACCAUGUUGAGUCAUCUUAUCAUGUUGGUGCUAUUGCUGGUGAGCUUCUCUCAAUCCAUGUACAUAGGGCAACCUUUCGGCAUGAUGGACUCGUACGAUGCACCCGACCAAAAGAUUUUAAGGAGAGACGCCUUUGGCAGAAUACAGUCGUUUGAUGUAUCUCACGAACGUCGGAUCGUGCCCAACGCUUUUGGUGGCUUGUCACAGUACAACGUCAUGGAACUAUCUGACCCUGAUAUUCAUUAUCCAGGACCGCAGUUUAUACCAGUCGGAGGGCGUUUCGGUGGGGUGGUACCCCCGCCGUUUCCCAGGCCGUACCAUCAUUCUUUUCACCCUUUUUAAUACCUAAACGUCCUUGUUAGCUGUUACAUUUGUUGAGGGAAGAUCCUGGUGAUGUACUCAAGAAUGUGUCGUUUCUAACGCAAUUUAUAAAUAAACAAUUACAAACAA